CCCUCUAGUGGCGACUUUCUUUGGUACAAUUUAAAUGAACCUGAUUUGUUAUUCCAACAUCCUUUAAAACAUCACACUGCUCUCAGUUACGGAGAAUCUUCAUCCAUGACACCAUGGAGUCAGCACACACACAAACACACACACAUUAAUACAUAUGCAGAGAGACAAGCAUAGUCUCUCUAUCUCCCUCUCUCUCUCUCUCCCUCCCUCGCUCUCUCUCUAUCUCUGGAUUUUUUCCCUUGUGAAGUUUAUGAAGCAGCAAACAGGGAGUGGAUAAAGAGGGGUGGGAGUACAAGCUGCUGCUGAAGCUACUACUGAAGUUCCACGACGGGACGUUCACAGCUCAGCUCCUCACUGGAAACCCUCUAAACCAGGAAGAACAUGUCCUGUGAGAACACACACUCUCUGGAGGACCAGGGUCUGAGCAGAAGAUAGGACAGAGGAGAUGAACAGCUGCCAAUACAGAGAUGUGAAGAUGUUGCUGCUGAUGCUGCUCACUCACUGUGUCGUCGCUCAACUGUUUGACACCAAACUGAAGGGGGCGCCACGUCUCAUCUGCAGCAUUGCUGGACCCCCGGGUCUGCCCGGGAAACCCGGCCCCAGCGGUCCUCCAGGAGCUGAUGGGAACGUUGGUAUUCCAGGAAGAGAUGGCCGAGAUGGCAGAAAGGGAGAGAAGGGAGAGAAGGGCGACACAGGUGUGAAGGGCAGAGUCGGCCCCACAGGUAAGAUAGGAGAUCGAGGUGAUCGUGGUGUGCCAGGUAAAAGAGGUCCUUCAGGAGAAGAUGGAGAUCUGGGGUCUCCAGGUCCUCCAGGACUUGAAGGCGAGAAGGGGAACAAAGGUGAUCGAGGUCCACGUGGUACAGGGGGCAUCUGCAGGUGUGGCAGCCUGCUGCCCAAAUCUGCUUUCUCUGUUGGAAUCACCAGUAGCUACCCACCAGAGAACACUCCCAUCAGGUUCAACAAAGUCCUCUUCAACGAGGGUGGACACUACAGCCCACUGACUGGCAAGUUCAUCUGUGCCUACCCUGGGGUGUAUUACUUCUCCUAUGACAUCACGCUGGCCAACAAACAUCUGGCCAUUGGCCUGGUGCAGAACGGUCAGUAUCGCAUCAAGACCUUUGAUGGUAACACGGGGAACCACGAUGUGGCCUCAGGGUCCACGGUGAUGUACCUGAACCCUGAAGACGAGGUGUGGCUGGAAAUCUUCUACAAAGACCAGAACGGUUUAUUUGCAGACCCAGGCUGGGCUGACAGCCUGUUCUCUGGGUUUCUACUCUACGCCGACACAAACUACUUUGACAUACUGGCUGAGGAUUAUGUGUAGAGCCAGGAAACACACAUAAAUAAGUGUUUGUUAAUAUUGUUUUUAUAUAUUUGAUGCUUAUAUAUUUUAUGUUAUUAAAA